AUGACUGCCAAGUCCAGCUCCCAUGGCGCCUCCCAUGAGGAGGCCACGGAGCGCACGCCUCUCUUCAGGAACUCCACCAGCGAUGCUGAGGAUUCCGAACACGAUGGUGACCAACCCGUGGAGAAGCCUUUGGACAAGGUGCAGAUGUUCCUCCUGUGCUAUGCCCGGAUGAUGGAGCCAAUUGCCUACUUCGCCAUCUUCCCCUUCAUCGCCGAGAUGGUUGAGAGGAACGGCAAGCUCCCCCAGUCGGACAUCGGGUUCUACAGCGGACUGAUAGAAUCCCUCUUCUCCGCCAUCCAGAUGUUCGUCCUGAUCUUCUGGGGCCGUCUCUCUGACAUUAUCGGCCGGAAGCCCGUCCUCAUUUGCAGCAUGGUGGGCUUGUCCGUCACUCCCCUGCUCUUCUGCAUGUCCACCACUAUCUGGCAGAUGAUCUUUUACCGGUGCGUUGCCGGUGUCUUCUCUAGCUCAAACCUCGUCAUCCGGACCAUGGUCUCUGAGAACAGCACGCCAGAAACCCAAGCCCGUGCCUUUAGCUGGUUCGCCUUUGGCGGCAACAUAGGCCUCGUCCUGGGCCCCAUCCUCGGUGGAAUCCUUGCCAACCCCGUCGAGCAAUAUCCCAACAUUUUCAAAGGCAUCGAGUUCUUUGAGAAGUAUCCCUAUGCCCUCCCCGGACUCAUCACCGGCGGCAUAUGCGCGACUGGUGUGGUUGCUUGCUCCCUCUACCUCAAGGAGACUCUGGUCAAGGACAAAGAGCCCGUCAUCAACUCCUCCGGCGAGCUGGUCCAGCAGCCCGAACCCCUAAUGUCCAUGUCGCAGAUCAUCAGAUCGCCCGGUGUGUCAUUCGUCCUCUGGCUGUACACCCACGUCAUGCUCCUCGCGUUCCUGUUUACCGCCAUCCUGCCCGUAGCACUCUACACCUCGGUCGAGCUCGGCGGCAUCGGCCUCACCACCCACCAAAUCUCCCUCUGGAUGACCGUCCAAGGUGCCAGCCAGGCCAUCUGGCUCAUCCUGGCUUUCCCCUUUCUCCAUAGCCGGCUCGGCAACAAGGGCGUGCUGAACCUCUGCAGCGCCGUCUACCCCAUCUUCUUCGGUCUCUUCAUCGUGCUCAACGUCCUCCUCCGGAACGGCAGCCCAUCAGCCACCACGUGGUUCUGGAUCCUCGCCGCAAUCUCCGUCAUUGUCGGCCCCGGAGUCUCGAUGGCUUUCACGGGCGUCCAGCUGGCUCUCAACGACGUCGCACCCGGCCCUCGCGUCCUAGGCACACUCAACGCGAUCGCCUUGACCGGCGCCAGUGCCCUUCGGGCCGUCGCCCCCGGUGUGGGGACGGUCGUCUACGCCCUCGGCGUGCGGAAUCAGAUCCUCGGCGGCCAGCUAGCCUGGGUGAUCCUCAUCCCGAUUGCCUACGUCUUCACUGUCGGUUCACGUUGGUUACCGGAUAGAAAAAGGCCCCAGAGCAGCAAUGAUAGUACCGAAGACGAGGAUGCCUAA